AUGUUUGGAAGACGUUAUGGAAUACCAAAUCCCCUCCACAUUUCCACCGCUAGUCGAAACGAGCUGGAAUGCACCGGAUCAUCACAUCCUCGUGAGUGUUCUCACAGGAUGAACAUGACGGAGUACCUUCGGACCAAUCCAACACUACCUUAUCGAGAUUCUAUUAUGAAUGGUAGCAGAAAGGAAUCAGCACUAUCCCCGCAAAGCUUAUUCUCAUAUGAUGGUGAAUACCUAUCUCCCAGUCUUAAGAAGUUUCAAGAGAGCGCCAAGGAUACUUUUUUGACAGAACUCUCCGGGGAGAGUAAUUUCCACGAACUUCCGGAUAGCAGCCUCUUGCCAGAACUUCCAGAAGACAGUCAGGAUCAUGAUCAGUCAACUCUAGUCGCAGGUAAUAGCUUUCUUAACAACCAAAAGCGAAUAUCGUCCACUUCACGAGCCAUCGUGUCUCCAAGUUCCGCUUCCAAUGGUCAUUUCCAAUCUCUUGACACACUUGAAGCCAGCUUAAGAGUCAUUACAGAGCUUCCAUGUGUUGAUGGUGACCAAAUUGGCUUUAGGACCCCAUGGUACAUUGAAACUCAAGAGUCAACUCCUAUUGCCAGCCAUUGCCUAUCCGAUAAUUUUGACUUUGGCAACGUUGCAGAGGCUGAAAUAGUCGAUACAACCGCCGAGAUACGAAUCCAGAUGGAUGCAGCGUAUCUGUCGCAAGAUCCUUCGAUUUCAAUGCCUCUCCAAUCUCCCAGAUCUCUCGGAUCAAUGUGCCCUGCGAUUCAGACGGACCUGAGGAGGUUCAAAAGUAACCUUGAUGCCAUUCAACAUCAAAGGGGAUUAUUUGAAGAUUCACCUCGGAUUUCAUCGCCAGAUACUGCCAGUACGAAUACUAGCGGUGAAACGUUUUCAAGCGAUUCGGGCUAUGGCCCAAGAGCCCCCCAAUCCGACUAUACUUCUGCAACCAGCCCGAGAAGUCUUUUUCCAGGAGACGAAUGGUUGGGGUUUGAAAAUACAUUUUUCAGUAAACCUGGGCAGCUAGUAAGCCCAUCAGAGUUUAGUCACGAAAGGUACUUGGACCAAAGUUCUAUUCUGCAAUCAAAACGACCAAAUGAUUUCAAUACGUUUGGCUUUGCGAAUAUUCAUUCUGAACUCGAUGAUUUGUGCAGAGAUCAGCAAAUGCAAGCUUCAUAUCUUUCUGAUUUCAAAGACGCAAUUUUUGAGUCUGGGGAGAUGGAGAUUAUUAACAAUUCUUUAUCUGCAUAUGUGGCACAAAAUGUCACAGAUAUUGAUCAAAGACUUGCUAACAACUUCUCCAUCGACGAUGAUCCCCAAUACAUGCAAUCCACAAUUCAACGUGACUCUCGCUGCUUGAAAACCAUUAUAUCCGAAGCAGAAAAUUGUGUGACACCCGACGCGGCUACUUUCACUCCGGCCAUGGAUACUGAAAUUCAACACGCCCCAAAUCUCUUUGAAAUUUACGAAGAAAAACAUGCCCGUCCGUGGUCUCCGGAAAACGUCCGAGGAUUUAAUAAGAAUUUUAACUUCGCUACCAUACCCGAGACCCAAUUUCCAACAGAAGAAGAAACAAGAACAUCCACUUACGACAUGCCAUCCCCGAAGUCUAAUAACAAAGUCUUGAAGUGUUCUUAUCCGGAAUGCAAUUAUGAGCCGAGCGGAGAAGACCAAUGGAAAUUAGGCAAUCUAAGAAGACAUGAGAAAGAACAUAAGAUAAGCCUUAAGGAUCGGAUCGUUUGCAAGAUGAGCGACUGUAAAGCGACAUUUACAAGAGCAGGAAACCGCGAUGCACACUUAGAGAAUAUACAUGGUGCUGUGAUCCUUAGACAAAAGCGAAUUCGAAGAAACUCAACGGCCGAAAAUAUCAAGCAGCCAAGAGCCGGUAGAAGAAUUACAAAAGUAUCACGAAAAGCCGGCGGGUUGAUAAACAGACCUAAGCAGAAUCGAUCACAAUCAGUUCCUGAGCUUUUGAAAAGCACUGAAUUCUGA